AUGCUAUCUCGACUCGUGCGAGAACAUAAUCAAAAACAACAAGUUGUGAGGCGUAAUACUGAACAACUUCGGAAAGAAGCUAUACAGGCUGUAAAUGAGGUGACCGAUUCUUUAUCUGAUACUUUAAACGAAAGGCGGUUAUCCUCACAAUCGGCCAAAUAUACAAAACAAACAAAACAAUGGUUAAACAUGUUGGAAGGAUUUAAUUCGGCUUUAAAGGAAUUGGGCGAUGUUCAAAACUGGGCAGAAAUAAUCGAGAAAGAUAUGAGAGAAAUCGCCAUGACUAUGGAAUUUGUCCACAAAGGAACAAUUGAGAGUCAACUAGUAACUGCGUCAAGCAUUGCGGAACUGGGAGGCGAUGAGAGCUCUACCAAUAACUAA